AUGUUGCAUGUCUUGAUCGCGUCCUGGGUGGUCCCGUCACUGGGACUGAGCAUCGUCGAUGCGCCUUGGGAGGCUCGGCGGAGCAACAUCCUCCGGGUCACAGGCCAGCCAUGUGACGAGUGCUCCUCCAUGGAAGACUUCUACAAGGACAAUGAGCUGGUCUUCCUCUUGUUCUACCAGCGAGAUUUGGUGUCCCACCAUGCUUACAAGGGGGCCAUCAUCGCUGGCUUUCAUGAGGCGUGCAAAGAUCUUCGCUGGUCCAGAGUUGCCUGUGGCAUCGUGGACAUGCUCGAGGACAAGGCCUAUGCGGAGAAAUACAUCGAUCCCAAGACCGCCCCGGCUCAUAUCGCCGUGCGGGCUGGAGAGCCGGUGCCUUCAAAAGAGGAAUGGAUCAAAAAGCUCUUGGCGAAGCCGGGAGACAAGGCCACUGAGCUGGGCAGCGGUCAAGCGGAGCUAGACCGGAUGCAGCAAAUAUGCAGCGACUUCGUCAAGAUCUUGCCGCGGAUCUUGAGAAACGACGCUGCAAAUCGGUGCCUGCACUUGGCAGCAGAUUGGUGCAGAGAUGGUGCCAUCCGACGCACCCGUUGGACACCUUUGGACUCGUCGGUGACGGUGCGGACACGUCGCUCCGACUCGCACGUCGGCGGGCCAUGGAAGGACGUCAUCACAUCGGUGCCUGGUGCAGAUCUGACUGUGCAGAGUCGGCUGCAAGAGUUCCGGCAGAAUGCCAUGCCCAAUUGGGUGCCCAUUUUUACCAAGACGGGCGAAGUCUAUUUGCUUGUUUGGGUUUUACUACGCUUGAGUGUGCCUGAAGCCUGGACGAAGCCAGCCUGUGAGGAUAUGCACAUGUGGAGUCUGGUGGUGUCUUUGGUGGGAUUACGCUUGGUGUGCCAACCUGAUGCUCACAGCUCCAAAUGGCAGCGAAGGUUCAUGUCCACCACCUUUUCGAUCGCGUCCAUGCUCUCGCAAGUGGAGACUCGGCCCAGACUCGCUUCUUCGGACGAGCGACCUAUAGGUCUCAAGGCACAAAGGCCAAGAGAGGCCAAGACUCGGUUCUCGGCGGAGCUAGAGAACUCCAAGAGAGAUCCAAUGAUCAUGGCUUGGUUGCAAGCUGUUUGUUGUUUUCAGUCAUAUUUGUUGGACAGAGCGUAUCAGCGUGAUCUUACUUUCUUACUUAUGCCCAAGUUUACUGGCGAUGGAACAAGUGCUGCACUCGGAACAAUCAGUUCAUCCGACAUACCUCAGACCUGCAGGUCCCCAUGCCAUGGAAAAGUCGGCAAAGUGCUGUUUCAUGAAGUUUCAUAUGUUCUUUUGGAGAGUCAUAUUCUUCUGGAUUCUUCUAGUCCAAAUAUGCCUCCCAAGUAUGACUCCCACUAG